UUUAGGGUCUUCGUCCCUGUAGCGUGGGUGGCAGCAUGGAAACCCUAAUUCCGGAGAUCUCCAGCCUCCUGAACGAUUCCCUCAGCUCGGAGAAAGCUCUUGUCUCCGCUGCCACUGAUGGGCUUGAUCGCCUUUCCAGGGAACCCCAGUUUCCCCUCUCUCUCCUCACUAUCAUUCGAGUGGGUGAGAGCCAAGGACUCAAACUAGCUGCAGCCACAUGUUUGAAGAACUUCACCAGGCAAUAUAUGGAGGCAAAGCCAUCAUCUUCUGAACUCCAUCGUGAGUUUCGGAAUCAGCUUGCUCAGACAGUUCUUCAAGCAGAGCGAGCAAUUCUGAAAGUUCUAGCUGAAGCAUUUCGCAUGAUCAUCAUUGUUGACUUUGUGAAGGAGAAUAUCUGGCCAGAACUAAUACCUGAAUUGAGAACAGUGUUUGAAAGUAGCAACCUUAUUAUUCAAAAUGCACAUUCUCAGUGGGAUGCUAUUAAUGUACUUACGAUUCUUCAUACAAUUAUUAGGCCCUUCCAGUAUUUCCAGAACCCAAAAGAUCCAAGAGAACCUGUACCAGCACAAUUGGAGUCAAUAGCAGAAAUUCUUCUUGUACCUUUAGUAGUCACAUUACAUCACAAUGUUGAGAAGGCUUUGUCAUUCCAAUACAAAAUACAAUUUGAUUUGGAACAAGUUCUUCUUAUGAUAUGCAAAUGCGUCUAUUUUUCUGUGAAGUCUUAUAUGCCAGCUGCACUGAGUGCAAUUUUGCCUUCUUUUUGUCAAGACUUAUUCCAAAUUCUGAAUUCCUUGAACUUGGAGUGUGCAUCUCCUGACGAUGGAUACUUGCUGAGGCUGAAAACUGCAAAGAGAAGUUUAUACAUUUUUCGUGCUUUGGUUACUCGCCAUCAAAAGCAUGUCAACAAAUUGCUGCCAAACAUCUUCAAUUGUGCUUUCAAAUUGUCCAAGCAGAGUGCUAAUAUUGAUAAGCUGGAUUUUCCUUCAGAGAGAAUUGUGUCAUUGGCAUUUGAUGUGAUUUCGCAUAUACUGGAAACAGGCCCAGGUUGGAGACUGGUUUCACCCCAUUUUUCUUCUAUUUUGGAUUCUGCAAUUUUCCCUGCAUUGAUCAUGAAUUCAAAGGAUGUUUCUGAGUGGGAGGAAGAUGCUGAGGAGUACAUGAGGAAGAAUCUUCCAUCCGAGCUUGAAGAAAUCUCGGGGUGGGCCGAAGACUUGUUCACAGCUAGGAAAAGUGCAAUAAAUUUACUUGGUGUUAUUGCAAUGUCAAAGGGCCCUCCUGUUGUGUCUGUGUCUUCAAAACGGAAGAAAGGCAUCAAAGCUAAUGGAAAAGAACGACGUAGCUCUGUUGGGGAGCUACUAGUGAUACCAUUUUUGUCCAAAUUUCCCUUGCCCAUUGACGGGCCACAGGCAUUGCCGAAGACAUUUCAUGACUACUAUGGUGUUCUGAUGGCGUAUGGAGGUCUUCAUGAUUUCUUGAUAGAAAGAAAUCCUGAAUACACAAGUACUUUGCUUAGGAAUAGAGUGCUGCCAUUGUAUUCAUUAUCGCUGUGCUCGCCAUAUUUGGUUGCUACAGCAAACUGGAUACUUGAAGAGCUUGCAUCAUGUCUUCCUGAGGAAAUGAACACAGAUAUAUACUCUUCUUUGACGAAGACAUUGAGCAUGCCGAAUUUAGAAGAUAUUAGUUGUUAUCCUGUUAGAGCUUCUGCAGUUGGGGCUAUUGCAGCACUUCUUGAGAAUGAUUACGUUCCUUCUGAUUGGCAAUCUCUUUUGCAAGUUUUAGUGGAAAGAGUGGCUACUACUGAUGAAAAUGAGUCAUCUCUAAUAUUUUUGCUUCUAGGCAAUGUGGUUGAUGCGGGGAAAGAUAACAUUGCUAUCCAUAUUCCAUUUGUUGUGUCUAGAAUUGCUGACACUAUUUCAAAACAGUUGCCGCCUGCUCCUGAUCCUUGGCCCCAGGUGGUUGAGCGAGGGUUCUCUGCCUUGGCUGCAAUGGUUCAGACCUGGGACGAAUCUUCAGAUGAAUUCAAGGAACAUGAAAACAGUAGGUGGAGAUCUGGCUGUGCUACCAUUGCCAAAACGUUUUCAUCUUUGUUGCAACAGGCUUGGAUCAUGCCAAUACAACAAAAGGAGACAGCCACUACCAGUGCAUCACCAUCUCCAUCAUGUGUUGAUGAUGCUUCCGCUUUGCUUGGGUUUGUCAUGCGCCUCAUUGUUACCAUUGAUGAAGCAGCGGAAUUGAAAAUACCAGAAUUGCUAGCUGUGUGGAGUGCGCUGAUUGCAGAAUGGCAUGCUUGGGAAGAGAUGGAGGACUUGUCCAUUUUCAAUUGCAUUCAGGAAGCUAUUGAUUUACAUAGAAGAUAUGACUCUGCAAAUUUUUUUAUGAGAAAGCUGCCAUCUCAGGGUCCAUCUCAUAAUUCUACUCAUUCUAUAAUAGAAGGCAUUGCUGCUUUUGUUCAUGAUGCCAUUACUGCAUAUCCAUCAGCAACACAAAGGGCUUGCUCAUGUGUACAUCUUUUACUCUACACGCCAAGGUUUUCACUCGAGACAGAAGAUGUUAAGCAUUCAAUGGCAGCGUCCUUUGCUGAGGCAGCAUUUUCUCGUUUUAGGGAAAUUUGCAAUAAGCCUUGUGGUUUAUCCAAGCCCCUGUUGCUGGUUAUCUCAUCAUGCUACAUAUCCUAUCCUAAUAUUGUUGAGCAAAUUUUGGAGAAGCAUGAGGAUAAAGGUUUUAUGAUUUGGGCACAUGCACUGGCAAAUGUCUCUUCUAGCUCCUCUGAACAUGGCCUCUCAUAUGAAUCUGAGAUCAAGUUAGCUGUCUUAUCAUUAGCAAAGGUGGUUGAGCGGCUGCUAGAGAUGUCACCAGAUGGUGCCAAUGCCACCUUGCAUGAAUGUUUCAGGUCAUUGAUGGAGGCAUGUAUACAUUUGAAAGAAGUUCAGGAUGAGGCCAGUGAUGGCGUAGAAAAUGCAGAAGAAGAAGAAGAAGAAGCUUCUGACGAAGAUACUGACGAUGAGGAAGAUGAUGAUAUUGAUGAUGAGGAUUCCGAGGAUGAUGAACGAGAAGAAACAGAAGAAGAGUUUCUCUCUAGAUAUGCUGAAGUAGCCAAGGGGUUAGAUGGCGAGAUAGUUGCAGAAGGAGAUGCUGAAGAAGAUGAAGUACAAGAGCUUGAACUAGGUGUCCUUGAUGAAGUUAACGUACAAGAGCUUGUGGUUUCGCUGAUCAAGAAACAUCGGUACAGCCUUGCACAAACGCAAAUAUUUCCUCCCGAUCUCGUGCAGAGAAUUUUGGAAGUGUUCCCUGACUAUGUUUCAUUGUUCCAUGCAUAAAUCUCAAGGUUUCUUUUUUCCAUGUAUACUUUGUGUGUGUGUGCGCGCAUCAUUUUUAGGUGCUCAAGAAAUUUGGUUGCAGUCUUGCUGGCUUUUCUAUGGAAUCGAAUUGCUUGUGCUUUAAUGAGAAUUUGAAAUGAAAUUAUUUUGAUCUA